AUGACGCCGCAGGCGGCGACCGCGGAGCACCGCGGGGACGGCGUCGACCGGCGUAACGCCCACCACGAGCGAUCGGCCCGCGAGAGGAGCGAGCGCGAGGCGGGAAUGAGGGCGUUCGAGCCGCCGCCGGACGAGGAGGGGGCGGUGGAGCACCUGAGCGCGUCCGUCGUGCUCGCGGCGGUGGAGGAGAGCGGGCCCAACUACCUGCUGCCGAAGGCGCCGGAGCCGGUCAAGUCGCGCCGGAAGCGGCUCAUGGUGGACGAGGCAGCAAGGCAGGCGGGUCAGGUGAUCCUCGAGACGGGCACGCGAGUCGAGAUCUUCGCGGAGGAUUCGGGGGAGGAGAGGUGGUGGCCGGGGACCAUCAUGGAGCGGACGGAGGACACCGACGGCCGGCUCGUGCACCGCGUCCAGUACACCAACUUCGAGGGCGAUCGGUACUGGCACGUGCUCGACGACGAGCAGUGGCGCAGGGUGGCGGACACGGGGCCAGAGCUAGACCACGCCCGCGCUGGCGCUGGCGACGCGGCACUCCGCGACGGCGCGAGCUUGGCGGCCUCCAGACUAAUGAGGUGGGACAACGCCCGGGGGGAGACGGCCGGCGGGGCGAGCGAGACGACCGGCGGGGCGGGCUCCGCCGAGACGACCGGCCAGGCGGGCUCCGCUCCUGACCUCAACUGGCCGGGGCGGAGGAGGGUGCGGCGCAGCGCCGCCAUGGAGCUGCUUCGCACGCGGGACGAGGCCGAGCAGCGCGAGGCCAGGCGGCCCGACGACGCGCCCAUGCUGUCGCAGCACAGCGCCACGCUGUCGCGUCAGCUCGUGAUCGUGCGCCGCCGGCUGAGGGAGUACCUCGCAGACCUGGCGGAGGACAGCCUGUCGGUGCCGAUGCAGCGCACUUCCCGCGGCCUUCACCCGACCAUGCGGUGGACGGUCGAGUUCGGCAAGUGGCUGGCCACGACGCGGAUCGUCGAGUCGAGGGCGUUUAGCUGGCACCUGGCCGAGGAGCAGUCGGCGGGACAGGCGGAGGCGACGGCGCGCAGCGGCCGGGGGUCGAACACGGUGUACGUCGCACUGCAGCACAUGAAGAACCACGUCUGGCGCGAGCUGUGGCCCGCGAUGCCGGCCGACGCGAGGCAGUACUGGCACUGGGUGACGCGGCGCGUGAUGGGGAUCUUCGAAGGCGGCGGCGGCGGGAUGCGACAGGAAGCAGAGAAGGCUGGGAGGGGAGCGGGACAGGCGGCGGCGCAGGCAAGCGUCGCGCGAGGCGAGGGCGUGGAGCAGCAGCAGGCGGCGAGCGCGAAGGCGAGCGCGGACGCGACUCGGCAGGUGGAAGCGGAGCUGCGCGCGGGGACGACCCGCCCGUGCACGAAGCAGCACCUGUUCCAGACGGGGGAGUACCUGCUGCAGGACGCGCACCUCUCCGAGCCCUUCGAGGUGAACGUGGCCUUCAUCAUGAGCGCGUACGUGUGCCUCGCGAGGCAGACCGGCUGCCGGCCCGGGAUGACGAUGAACGACGCGAACGACCUCGCGAACACUACCAGUCACUGGCACGGUGGGGUGGAGGGCGCCCGAGGGCCAGCGGGGCGGGCGCCUGUUGCGAUGAGGGACACGGGGCGCGUUCCGGGCGCUCUGCAGUAA